AAACAUUCUUGUACUUAUUCUAAGAUUUAUUUUGUCAACAUGACUGAAGAUUCUUGUAGUGAUUAUCCUCUCUUUGGUGGUGCUAUUUCCACUAUUUUCCCUAGACGUUUCCAGCAGGAUGUUAGUAAUGUGCGUCAAGUUCCUGAUCAUCAGGAAGUGUUUGUGGACCCUGCACGUGAUGAGAGUUUGAUAAUUGAGCUUCUGGAUCUGAAGGUGGAUGUAGCAGACAGUGGAAGUGCCACCUGGUUUCUUCAAGACCUUGCCAAUGAACAAGAUGCUGAAGGAACUACAAUCACUGAGCAGUCAGCAGUAUUUGAGGCCCCUGGAUUGUGCUAUAGAAACACGCCUGCUGUCAUCACCACUGCUGUUGGUCAAAUGGCAGUUUCUAAGGGAAGACAAGGGAGGGAAGCACAGAAUUUAGUUAAGGUUUACCUGGCAAACAUUCGCCUUAAGGAAGUUGGGACGGAUGUUCUGAUAACUGCAUAUGAGCCUCUAGUAAUUAACCCCUCGAGUGAGAGUGCUACUGCAGUCGGGGCAGGCGUGGCUGUACCUGCUGCACAUUCUGGAGUUAUGCCAAUGUCUGAGGUUUUUAAACUUGCAGUGUCUAGUUUCAGAGUGCAUGACUGGAGUCUCUUUGGCUCUGCUGCUGCCUGAGUUGUAGAACGACGAUAAUCUGGCAUCCCUUGGUUGAUUAUUGGUCCAUUUUUUAGGAGUCUGAUCUUUUUUCUUUUCUUUCCUAUCCCAUUAGGGAGGGUAUGGAGGUCGAUGAUUAGGGUAGAAAGUUAGUAUGUAGUCGAGCGUUGUCUAGUUUUCCUUAUCAAUUAUUAUUAUUACUCUCCUAUUACCUUAUUUUUAUUAUCACCUAUUGUUUCCUUUCGCUUC